AUGGGAGCUUGCUCAGGUAAGUCAAGGCUCCGCCUUUCAACUGCGGGCCAAGGCGAGCACCCCCAGCACGCCCCCAUGUGGGUCAUUCAAGUGAGGGACGUCCUUGAGAUGACAGGAACUAUGCAGCCUCACCAGGUGUUGAAGGCCCAGGGCCUCCUGGAGGUUUGGAGGAUGAGCAUGUUCACCCUUUUCGUUUCACACCAGUGGCUGGGCUUCCACCAUCCUGAUCCAAACGCCGAGCAACUGAACGUGCUUCAACUUGUUCUGAAGAAGCUGAUCGCGAAGCAGAUGACCAUUCAGGCCGAUCUCUGGAGCGAGUACAACGAAGGCAAGGCGACAACGAAAGACCUUGAUGGAGUUGGGAAGUGGCACAUGUGGUUGGACUACUUCUGUGUGCCUCAGAUGGUCGGGCUUGUGUGCGUGGAGAUGCAGAAGAACAGCUCUUGUAUAUCAACAGCAUUCCGAGUUAUGUUGACCUCUGCAGCGCCUUCGUUGCAUUGGUGCCGCAGGCCGUGCACCGAGACUUAA